AAAGUAGUUGCUCAGUGCCGGGUUACCGGUUAUUGCGGGGUCUUCAAAGUUUGGACUGUUUCAAAAUAGCGAUGACGUAUGUUCAUCAGGGUCCUGGAACAGGCAGCCUCGAACUAUCUUUGUCCUAAAGUCUGAAAGUUUUUAGUUACAUGAGAUAGUUACUUGAAGUAGCAUUCUCCCAAUACUAACAGCCAAAAGAUCCAUCAAAAUCAUGGCGACCUUUUUUCGAGGGAAGCAGGCGGGUAUGCAAAAUGACCUGUCGGCGAACAUAAUCCCGGGUUCAUUUGCGCCGGAUGAUCGUGCGCGAUACGGAAUCAAUUCCCAGAUUAGCUGCAUCGCCUAUGAGCCUAUCCAAUCUCUUCUCGCCCUCGGCACAAAUGAGUCUAAAUUUGGAAGUGGAAGGAUAUAUGUCUUCGGUCAAAACCGUGUCCAGAAGUUGCUGGUUCCGUCUCGGUCAUGUUCUUUCGCAGAUAUCCAGUUCUGCGCAAACCGCUUGGUCAGCCUCGAUACCAAGAACGAGGUAGCGAUAUGGAAUCUGGAUACCGGUAAACGCAUUACUGGCUUCCGUGCCCCAGGUGUCGUCUCGUGUAUGGUUACCGACCCUAUGUUAGAUUGGUGCUUCUUGGGCAUGCAAACAGGCGAGAUAUGCGCAUAUGAUCUGGACCGGGAACGUAUGUCGUCCUUUCGCCUUCCCAAUUUCUGGACGGAGAAAGAUCCCAAGACAAGGGCUGUCGCCUUAGUGUCAAUGCAGUUACAUCCACGCGAUAUAGGCAAAUUGUUAAUCGCUUAUACUCACGGGGUGGUCGUUUACUCAUUCAAACAGAAUAUACCUAAUAAGUUUUUCGAAUAUCAAGUCCCGCCGGGGGCCCCGGGUGGUUCGGGCGCCAUGGUCGAGUCUAUGAGACGACCAAAGGUCACUCAUGCCUUAUGGCAUCCUACCGGCACCUUCAUACUAACCGCCCACGAGGACGGCAGUUUAGUGUUCUGGGAUGCUAAGGAUGGGCGUGUAGUUAUGGCGCGAACAUUCUUUGAAACUAAUGUCGAUCAACCAGUGCCAAAUCCAGGGUCCUCAGCACCAAAACAUCCGUACGUACGCAUUGCCUGGUGCUGUAAACAGAACCCAGAAGAUAGUGGACUACUUAUUGCAGGUGGCCAGAAGUUGGAUGAACCUUCUAAUGGGCUGACCUUCAUUGAUCUUGGAAUUACGCCUAACUAUGCUACUUCGUCGUGGCAAAUUCUAUCGGAAUAUACGAAAGGUAAACGCACGAAUGCGUUAGAGACCCCUCCUGGAGUCGAGAUCACCAACUUCUUCUUGAUUCCUCGUCUAUCGCCCCAUUUCGCUGGUUCCCAGGACCCAAUUGCCGUGAUGACAUUGCUCGCAUCGGGAGAACUCCUCACAUUGAGUUUUCCAAGUGGCUAUCCUAUUUCGCCAACAAAUCAACUCCACCCAUCCAUAUCCUUCGUUCACCCAUUUGCCACACACUUCGCAGUUACUACCCUCGAUCGUGGUAGGUGGCUUGGAAUGGUCGAGAACCGAAGUCAAGGUGAGCCGCUGCUGAAGGGAGGCGCACAGGCACCACACCCACGCCGACGAUUCGAAGGGCGGACUAUCAUCCAAGUUGCUCAUGCGGAUAGCACGAUUCGAAUUUGGGAUGUGGGCCAUGGCGAUGAAAUCGAGAACCCCUCACAGUUACAGGUCGAUAUUGCUAGAGCCCUUAACCGUUAUGAAGACGUGGGGAUCACAGCCAUGACCCUGGCUUCUACCACGGGUGAAUUUGCGGUUGGCACUAGCAAGGGCGAGGUAGUCAUCUACAGAUGGGAUAGCAAUAAGUACUUCGGAAACCCUCCAGAUCAACACGUCGAACCGAACCCUGGUGGGAUCUCAGAUAUCAGUGUUAGGGCUGAACCGUCCCUAAAGAGCGGACUCAUGCCGUAUUCAUUGUAUGAGAUGAUGCAAGGGUCAAUUAGCGCCAUAAAACUUUCGGACGCAGGUUUCCUUGCUGUUGGAUCCGAGAAUGGGUUCAUUAGUAUAAUUGACCUUCGAGGGCCAUCGGUCAUGUUCCAGGCAUCUAUGGCAGAGUUCAUAAAGCAAGAGAAACGAUCCUCGUUUCUCAGAAGCCGCUCUAGCGUUUCCGCUAGCAAAGAAUGGCCGGUAGUAUUUGAAUUUGGUGUCAUGACACUUGACGACGACAAGUACUCUAGCAUAUGUUGUUUUGUUGGCACAAAUUUGGGCAAGGUCAUCACAUUCAAGUUAUUGCCAUCUGGAAAUGGAUAUAAUGCUACCUUGGCUGGCGUAGCUAACUGCAAUGAUAAAGUGGUAUCUAUAUGUCCUAUCGUCGCGGACACCGGAAAACCUGCCUUAGCUACAGCCCACGCAGUUGCCGGACUCCGAGAGGGUAGGCAUGUAAGCGGCCUACUUGUAGUCGUCACGCAAAGCGAAGCUCGCAUUUUUAAACCAGCAACUGCGAAAGGAGCAUCGAAGUCUUUUGACGACUACCUUUGUGAUGCUGCUACGGUGACCGAAUAUGAACUACACGGAAUGGCGUUGGUGGGUGUGUUCGGGGACCGGAUAACAAGGGCCUUCAGUCUACCGGGUCUCAAAGAACUUGGAAGUUAUCCGUUACCUAUGAUGGAUGGCAGCCGAGGCAGUAACUCGGCGAUAACUGAGGAUGGGGAGGUAUUCUGCUGGACAGGACCAUCCGAACUUGCGCUUCUUCAGGUAUGGGGAAGUGGCCAAGAGAUAGAGAACACGGCCGACAAACUCGUUAACCCUGAUCUGGAAGUACCGCCAAGGCCAACUAUUUCGAAUGUCCAAUGGAUUUCAGGCACCCAGUAUGUCUCCCCGACGGAUCUGGAUCUCCUGAUCGGCGGACCCGAUCGACCUCCUAGUAAGCGAAUGAUGUCUGCGACGGCAGCAAUAGAGCGAAAUCUUGAUUCAGGACCUAACUCGGAAUACGCGGGGACUGGGAGUCAAGAAGGCUGGGGAGAAUACCUCACUAGGCAACUAAACGAGAGAACAGAGAAAUUAAAUCUGGUGAAUGAUAGCAUGGAUUCCGCCGCCGACGCAAGCCAGAAGUGGGCCGAUGACGUUGGCAAAUUUGUCAAUCAGCAGAAGAGGAAGAUGCUCUUUGGAAGCGUUACAAGCAAGUUUGCUUAGAUCGUACGUAUUCAUGUGCUUGCGGUACAGAUACCUACCUACCAAGCCUUCAGCUAUUAUGGACUGUGGAGUUAUGAGAGUGGCAUAGUAGAGGUAUUCCCAACCACGUCGUCGACGUAAGACUUCAUGUUGACGACUAAUGAGCAUAUUUAUUUCUUCCUUUAUACGGUCUUAAAAGCUUAGUACUGAAUUAAAAACUCAUAUUACCAGGGAAACUACCUGUUUUUACUAGAUGUGUCGUACCGAGACACUCGACACUCGACUUUAUCCUCCGACGGUAGAUCUCUUGCAUUCUGCCGCAAAUGA